UGGGUCAUUCAUCAUGAGUGACAACGAAACUGCGUUUAAGCUUAGAACGGUAGUUAAGCCGUCACUUUCAUUGGCCUGUUUCUUCUGUAAGAUCCCACACUAGACUCACCGGGACUGUGUUUAUUCUUCACUCCCAGAGCGCAUUAUUUUGCGCACCAUUACGCAGCAGCUUCAGAAGAUGGAUGUUAACUCCAAAAUCUACGGCUUAUUGACAUGUUUCCUCCAGUCACUUCUACUGUCAUCGACCACCCUGGAACCGUUCGAUCUGCUUUACGAUAACGGAGUGGAGGCUUUUUAUAAAGGAGACUAUGGCAAUGUAGUGCGGUACAUGGAGAGCGCGCUGAAGAGUUUCUCUGAAGUGCGCCAGACCAGAAUCAGAUGCAGGCUGAAAUGCAGUGACCAGCAUCGCUUUGACAGCUUUCUGACUGAUAAGAUUUUUGAAGUGAUUCUCUAUAGGGCGCAUUGUAUAAAUCAAUGCACCGAGGGAAAAAUUGGAGCCCAAUCCAUGCAUAAAGUUAGUGAGGAUGUCAUUCAAGAUUUCAAUAGAAGAAGUCCUUAUAACUACCUGCAGCUUGCCUACAGAAAACUUGGGCAACUGGACAAAGCUGCGUCUGCCGCUCAUACGUAUUUCCAAGCCAACCCUGAGCAUGUGGAGAUGGGAGAGCACUUGGAGCAGUACAAAGCCCAGAAGGGUGUAAAAGAGGAACACUUAAUUGACCGGGAAUCCCGCCCACACCAGAAAGCCUUCUUUGCUGGGGUGAAGCUCUACGACAAAGGAAACUACGAAGAGUCCGUGACGCUCUUUGAAGAGGCUCUGACUGAGUAUUACAGCGCCGAUGUGGAGUGCCGGGCCCUCUGUGAAGGGCCGCAGCACUUCGAGGAGCAGAAUCAUGUCUUGUACAAAUACAACCUCUACGAGCUAAUCUCAGAUCAUUACACACAGGUUCUUCACUGCCAGCAUGAGUGCAUCCGAGACUUGGCCACACGCCCCGGUCGCCUGUCGCCCAUGGAAAACUAUCUGCCACUGCAUUACGACUACCUGCAAUUUGCCUAUUUCCAAGCUGGAAGGAAUGAGAAGGCGUUGGAGUGCACGUUGACCUACCUGUUGUUCCACGAAGGAGAAGAGUUCAUGACUAAGAAUGUGGAGCAUUACAGGGAAGUGCUGGGACAUGAUGGCCAGCCUCGCAAGGAAGCUGAACAGUAUCUAAAGCGGCACAAACAGGAGUUAGACCUGCUGCUCAUCGGCAGCAGUAAUCUUGGAGUGCCCUAUAUUGAAGCAAACUACUGGAGCAGUUCGGGUGGCAGAGAAGAUGCUAACAGGAUUCCUUCUGGUACCAAUGGCUGGAUGGACUAUGUGCCAAUAUCAGCAAAGAGAAAUGUCACAAUGUCUGUGUUACAAGAGCUGCGGGAAGGAGGUCCAUUGCUGUAUGAGAAUGUACGACUUGUACAGAACUCUGUCACCCUGAAUGGGAGUCAGAGGGCGCUUUUUGAUGAUGUCAUCAGUGAGGACGAGUGCUCUGAGCUCAAACAUCUGGCACACAGUGUCACUGCAGCUGGUGACGGCUACAAGGGGAAAAUGUCUCCUCACACACCAAAUGAGAAAUUCGAAGGGGCGACAGUAUUGAAAACGUUGAAGCAUGGCUAUGAGGGACGUGUUCCUUUAAAAAGUGCCCGCCUCUUUUAUGAUGUCAGCGAGAAGGCCAGGCGGAUACUUGAGUCAUACUUCAUGCUAAACUCUACUCUUCAUUUCUCAUACACACAUCUUGUGUGUAGGACCGCCAUAUCUGGUCAGCAGGACCACAGAAAUGACCUCAGUCACCCAAUACAUGCUGACAACUGUCUUCUGGACCCAGAAGCGAAUGAGUGCUGGAAAGAGCCGCCUGCUUACACCUUCCGAGACUACAGUGCACUGCUGUAUCUGAACGGCAAUUUUGACGGCGGAGAAUUCAUCUUUACAGAAAUGGAUGCCAAGACUGUCACCGUAGAGUUUGGCAGUUAA